AUGGUGGAGCCUCAAAACAGCGAGGAGCUCCAGCGUGGCGAGCAGGAUGCACAGGGCCGAUACCUACUGGAGGGGCCCUCAAGGAAGGACGCCUUUGCCCUGCUGGUCGAGUGCGUCCGUCAGGGCGGCUUCAUCUCGGCGCCGGACAUGGCCCGGCGAGUGCAGGAGCUGGAUUUGGAGGCCCGGAUCGAAGCCUGCAGGUUUGUGGACUACUACCUGCUGCCAGGCAGGUCGAAGAUGCAGCUCACGAAGGAGCUCUUCGGGUCUCUGGUGGGCUCCGAGGUCUUCCCGCGGGAGGUGUUGGACUUGGAGUGCCUCGGGCUCUGCCGCUCCGAGAUGAUCAUGGAGAGGAUCCAGCUGUCGAAUCUCCACAUCAAAAAUCUGCGCCUCGAGAAUUCCCAUGUCAAGAGGAUAGAAGUCACCAGCUGCUUUUUGCUGGACUGCGACUUCUCGGUGACUGUCACUUCCAGCGAGGUGACAAUCAGCAACUCCAGAUUGGAAAACGUCCAGCUGGGUGUGUUUGCCAUGAUCACCUCCGUGAAGGAGAGCUGCCAGCUGCUACGCUGCAAUCUCCGGGUUGUGGAAGAGCUCUUCGUCUCCGAAUCAGAGCUUGACAGCUGUACCUUCCGGGGCAGCGAUGAGGACCGGAAGGACCGGCAGUUUAUCAGCGCAGUCUUCCAGCAGUCCGAGUUGCACGGGGCACUUUGGCAGAGGGGAUGGGCGGUGACUGAUGCGCCGGGAAGUUCCAAGAAGCGUGGGCUGGUGACCCUAGCGCAGAAACUCACCUCCCAGCCGCCGGCCCAUCACAGUGGCGAUGCCGCAGCCACCGUGAGGUGUCAGGUCGUGUGGGUCAGCCUUUCGGCUUGCGCCUCACGCGCAAGAAGCCGUUUUCGCCGCGCGCCUCGCACGCGGCGGCACGGGAUGGAAUGGGAGGCUGUGGAAUGGCUGGACCUCGAGGAUGGCAGCGGCGUCCACGCGGGCGGCACAGAGCUGCCGCUGAUGCCGCUGCCCGCGGUGUAUUUGCCGAGCCCCAGCCAGCAGCUCAUGGUGUCGGAGAAGAGAUACUUGAAGCUCUAUGACGACAUCCUCCUGAACGGGAGCCGCAUGUUCGUGGUGUCUCACAGCCAGGGCUCCAAGGUGGCGCGCAUGGGGCUGGCCUUCAAGCUGAAGGAUCUCAAGGAUGUGUCCGCUGACACGCAUGGCCACUUCAAGUAUGCUGCGGAGCACGAGGUGCCGUGCCGGGUCCGGAUCCUGUCCGUGCUCAAUGCCGAAGCUGGCUCCUCGAAGGACCAAUACCUGAGAGCGGAGGUCGAAUUGCUCGAGGACGAAGACCCAGAGGCUUCUCUUCCAGCGCUGCACCGCAUCCGCGGCAAGCUCCAGGAUGCGCUCGCCAUGCAAGGCCAGGAACAACAAGACCCGGAGCUCGGGAACCUCGCGCGAAAGCUGCGCCUGGCCUCUGUGCUCAGGAGCCCCGGGUUCUGGGCCGGCAGCCCAGACUUGUGCAGCAUGCUGGCAUCCAUCCAGGGCUUCAGGUUGCAGCUGAGCGUCCGCAAGAUGCGGGAGCACGUGAAGCGCCUCACGGAGCAGUGGGCGGCAGAGAACCCGGAGGGCUUGGAGGCCUUGAAGGUGGACCCUGAGGUUCUGCCGACCUCCAUCCGCGCGCAAGGGAAGCGGGCGCAGGAGCUCAUGUCGGAGGGGGCGCAGGAGCUGCAGUGCACCUUCCAGCGCAUCCUGCAGGCGCGAGAGCUGACUCAGCGCGCUGCACUGCUGGAGUCCGCGGUGGGCGAGGAGCUACAGCGCAUGCGCACCCUGCAGUCGCUGAACAGCAUCCUGGGCCAGAGAGACGCAGACAUCACCUUUCCCUUUGACAAGGCGGUGUGUGAGCAGACGUACUUUCAUGGACGGCUGCUUCGGAUGACCAAAGGCGGUGCCUCCAUCAGCUUGAAGCGCGCCCGCCUGCGGACGCUGCCGCGGAUCGAUUCCGAGGGCAAGAUCAACCUCUCUUUGGAGGAUUGCGACAUCCUAGAGUCCCUCACCUUCCAGAACAUGAGGCUGCAGCUGCGAGGCCUCCACUUCCGGAAGCCCUGCGACUUCUUGGAGGUGGAGUUCCCCGACCAGAUUUGCGACAUCGACUUCCCCAGGGGCUGCAAGUUCUACAACGUCCGCUUCAAGGAGGGCUUGCAGGCCUGCGUCACAAAUGGCUGUCGUUUCGAAUACUGCAACCUGGGCUAUGGCCAAGAUGCGGUGGCUGAUUGUCUCAUGACGCAGUGUCACUUCCAAGCCUGCCGCUUCCCCUUCCUGGAGGAUAACUCCCCGGUGGCCAACAUUGCAGGCAGCAACUUCAUUGCUUGCCGCAUCCAGUGGAGUGGGCCCUUUGCCCAUGAGGAGAGCUUCGUGAUCAACUCUCACUGGCUUCGGAAGUGGAACUUAGCAGGCUGCACUGUGAGCGACACAGCCAUUGGAUAG